AUGGUUAAUAAUUUGUCAGAUUUAGGCUCUCCUUCUACACACGCUAAUAAAGCAGGUUAGCCUACAUUCUAAGCAAACAAAAUAUCAGAAAAUGUUAUUAAUUAACUCUUUGAAUAAGACUUGGAAGGUAGAAAUAUGAGGCAAUAAUUGAAAAGCUCAAGUGAAACAUACAAGGAUAACAUUUAGUUUGCAAAUAAUCAUUUUGGAAACGAUGAAAAAGUUAAAGAAGUCAUUUUUAGAGCAAAAAAGGCAUUUUUCAACCAUAAAUUCAGUACAUAGGAAUUAUUAAGAUCCUAGCAUUUAUAUAAAUUAGCUCAUGAAUUAAAGUAUACUCCUGAUAAGAACUUAAAGUCUUAUCCUGAUGUUUUAGAAGAUGGGUAUAAAGAGGUUUUAAGGGUUAAUGAUAAAGACUACGAAAUAAGAGACGCACUGGUUAAAUGGUAUUAACACAGAUUAGAAAUGAUUCAGUUUGUAUAAAAAGAAUUACAGAGAUAGUAUUUUUAGACAUUUGCAUGCGAUUUGGAUGAUUAUUCUGAAAAUUCAAAGAACAUUAGCAUCUAAUUAAAAUAAAGCUAGGAAGCACAAGUUGAAAUAGAAGAUGUUAUAAGAAAUUUAAAAUCUGAAAGAUUUUUUAGGAAUUCGAAGCAGUAUGAGCGUAAACAUCUUCCUGAGCUCUCAGUGGUUUCAUCAGGAAAUAUCAUAAUUGAAAAAACUUUCGCUAAGGCUUUAAAAAACUUCCCUUAUAUAACCUAGAAUCAUAUUAAAGCAUAUUUUAAUGAUUAUGUUAGUCAACAUUACUGUACUAGAAAAAUAAAGAAGAUAAGAUUAAUAAAUGACUAUUUACCAUAUAAGAUUCAAUUUAUUAACACUAUGAAAACUGCAAAGUAGAUUUAAAUGCACUAAAAAAAUAACUUUAACUAUGAGUAAGAUGAAAUGUAAAGAGAAAUUAAUAAACUAUAUGGAGUUAGAAGGACUUAUUUGCUUGCAAGUGACAAAUCAACAAUUGAAAAAAACGUGGCAGAAUUUUCAAAGCAGCUUGGUAUUAAAGAGGAUGUUAAUAUUGACUAUGGUUGUCUUUUAUUAUUUGCUAUAGAUAAAAAAUUUGAAACUGUAAUCAACGAAUAAAGCGAAACAUACUUAAUAUUCUUUCCUUAUGACUUGAAAUCUCCCUUUAUGACCAUGGCUGCAUAAAAAAAGUUUGGAGAUUAAGCCUCGGAAUUGAUGAAAACGAUUGAAAGUGAAAACAAAAGAAAGGAUAACAUUAAAAUUAGGAGUUGCAAAACAUGGAUUGAUAAAAUUUAAAUACUUUAGGCAGAAGAUUCUGAUACAAGAGAAUAGAAUGCAGUUUUUGCUUUGUAUGAAGAUACUUUGAUAAAUGGUUGGUUAAAAUUCUUGCUUUACAGCGAUGAAAAUCUAAUUAAUCAAAAAAUUCAAAAAGACAUAAGUGUACUAAAAGAUAGAAUAAUAGCAAUUCACAAAAAGCAGUUUGAAGAGAUUUUCUACUAGUUCUACUAAAGGUAUUUCAAGUUACUUUUUAUAAAAUCAAGAAAAUCAGUCAUCAAGAUUAUGAGCUACAUGAAUUAUUUCCGUUGCUUACAAAAAAACAUGAAUUUGGCUUAUGUUUAAUUGAUUACAGGUAAAUCAAUUGAGGGAAUUUAAGAUAUUAAAGCAGAUACAAAAUAUUCAGAGUUUGAUGCUUCUAUGCCUCUGUAUUAAUAGUAAGAAAAAUUGUCAUAAAAUAAAUUAUAUGAUGAAAGAUUUUUCUUAACCAACCCAUCAAUUGCAAACUAUGGUAACCUUACAGAAUUCAACCUAACAAAAGGUGUUAAAUCUUCAAAAGAGGAUUACAUAAAAGUUGGUGGAUAGGCUACAGUAACAAAGGCAUAAGCUAAAAGCGGGCAUAAGGCUAGUGAAAUUAAAAGUAGUAAUAAUAAAAAAAAGGAAAAUAAUAAUGCAGAAGAAGAGGCUGUAUAAGAGGAGUCUAAUGUUUUAUAUGAGGAAGAAGUCAUAACAUUAGAGAAUGACAUAAUUACUAUUAAAGAUCAUAAUAAUAUGAAAAUAAUUUUUGACACUUCUGUUCAUGACUUCCACAUGAUUUUAGAAAAAAUUGGAUAAAUAUGCUCUUUUUACUUCCAUUUUAGGAUUAAACAUGAUAUGUCUUAAAAAGAUAAAGAGAAAGGAGUCUUUAAAGAUACAUUUGACAGAGAGGCUCUCAUAGAUAUUGUAUUGAAUUUGGAGUCCCAGUAUUACUUGAACAAAGUUAAACUCUUAAGAAAUUUGAAUUUAAUUUUAAAGAACACUUUCUAUCCAGACUUGAGGAGCUAGUUGAUUAAGUUAAUAAGUAACAUCAUGGCUAGACGCCCCAGAAUGAAUUUGUUUGAAAAUAGUAUCUUUUAAUGCUAUCAUUUUGAGAUAUAAAACCUAUAAUACUUCAACGAGAUUGUAGAAAUUCUAAUUAAAGAUACAGAAGAGGAGGAAGAAAAAAUUAACCAUUUAAGACGCAAAUUAAACCCAAACCCAACUGAUAGACUUCAAAUAUUUCUUUCUUUAUUAAAAAAUCCAGGACACGAUAGGAAAUUCAAUUUCUAUACAAGUAGUUUUGCAAAAUUGAUUUUAAAUAUUGAGCAAAAUAGAGAAUAAUUUUCCAAAUUAAUUACUUCAUCAUAGACUGAACCAACUAUGAAUGUCAGUGAAAUACUGAAAUGUGAAAACGCUUACUUUAAAGAGUUGCUAGAUCUUACUAAAAAAGUAGUGUUUGAUAGUGAUGGAUCUAACCUUUAUUUGGACUUUAUCGAUUUUCGCUUUAUAGAAAAAGAUGAAACUCUAGAUUAACCUGAGAAUUUUGAUUUAAUUAUAAAUAAAGUUUAAACUUAUAUUGAUGAAAGACUUUCUAAAGCAGAAAGAGACAAACUUUCUUUCGAUGCUUUCAGCAUGCUAGAAUUCAUGAAAGUUAGAAAGAAAUUUAAUAACUUUUUGUUUGGAUUAUCAAGCCUGUUGGAAACUUAUCGUUUGCAAGUUUCUAGAGUAAGCGAAGAUUUCAAAGAAAAAUUUGAAAAUUCUAUUGAUAUAGCUGGUUUAGCGACCACAACUUUAGAUGCAUAAAGAAAGAAUUAUUUGAAGCUUCUUUUAGAUUUAGAUGCUAUUAAAAUUGCAAAAGAUAUACUAGUCUUAGACAACUGGGUGGUACCAAUAACAAAACAAUAAAGCUUGGUAUAACUAACAUAAUAUUUAGAAUCACUAAUUUUGUGCAGCUAACUUACCUAAAAUUUUGUGAUAAGCAACAAUAUUUACUUUCAAUCUGUAUUGAAUGAUAUGCCUAAGGAGUUCUUUAAGAAGAUCAAGUAGUCUGCACCUGACUUUUUUAAAAACGUCUUUGAUAAAAAGAAAGCUAUUGCCAAUGAAACUAUUACUUUUGUUCGUAACUAAGAGUUAUCAAAGCCCAAAACUACAACAACUCAGGAAGAGGGAACUGGUAAGAUUUUAUCUAUAUAAGUAUUCUGUAAACGAGUAAAGAGAGAAGUUUAGUUUGAAGCUAUGAAAAUUUAAACACUUUUGUAAAGAAAUGCUAUCGAAAAAUUUUCAAAAAAACUGCCAUUCGAAACCCCAAUUUUUAAUUUUGUUCCUCUAACACCUGUAAAAGAGAUCGUAUUAAACAUAAAUCCAGUUAAGGAUUCACUUCUUGAUGCAAGAACUAAUGCUUAACUUGAAGAAGAAAUAGAUUCUAAGGGCGAAGUAUUCUUUGAUACUCUUGGAUGUGCUGUAAAAAUUUUCAAUAUGCCAUCAGUAGAGCAAAUAAGUAAUAUGACUCAUGAAGAUUUUGAAUAAGUUAUGGAAAGAUAUGGUCUAAAUAAAUUACCAGAGCUAUCAGAUGAUGAUGAAUAUUUUGCAGAUGAAGACUCAAAAUGGGAAAAAUCUCAAACUUCAGGUGGUAAAGAUUGGCUAAAAGCAUAAGAAUAGAAGUUAGAAAAAGACAUUUGUAUGCUUUUACCAAACAAGAACAUCUAAGUCAACAAAGGAAGCACUACCUUGAAAGGUUAUAGAAAGAGAGAGUUUUUGCAGCAUUAACACCUUUUAUAUUUGAGAAAGACUUAAUUAUUUGUUUUAUGGAAGAUUCUAGGUAAUCUUUUGAAUAUAUUAUCUUUCUGCACUUUUGAAUGCUCACUGGAAGCCAAUACUAUGGAUAUGUUAUAUUUCAUUAAUGGACAGCUAGGUUAUGAAAAGUGUAAGAUUGAGACAGGUGGUGGUGAAGAAAAUGAGUAGUAGUAAAAAUCUGUAUCUACCAUUAAGACAUUAAAAGACUUAGCUAUGGUAAACAAAAAAGCAAUUCCUAUAUUUAAAAGGAAUGAGCUUCGAUUAAGGAGAGACAUUGAAAACCUAAAAUCUCUUUUAGAAAGAAUGGAAAAAAAUAUUUAGACUAUUAGAAAUAAUCCAAAGAUAGCAGAUAGUAAUGAUGCUAUCAUGAGCUAUUUAGAAAAAGUAUCAAACAGACAUUUCUUAUCUUGUCUCUUGCUUCUAAUUUAGCAGCUUAAUAUAUCUAGAGAAAAAGAAGAUUAUGAAUUUAUGUUUAGACUUCGUUCACUAAUAGUUGAUCUUAAUUUCCCUUAAAUUUAGCAUUUAGCAAGAUAUGAAGAUGGAAAGAUAUUGCUUGCAAAAAAUAUUGAUAUUGAUGACGAUUCAGCAGAUUUUACCUAAUCACCUGAUUUAAAAGUGUAUGAUAGUAGCUCUGAUUUUAUGAAUUUGGUACGUGUCAUUUUUUGGGAUUCUCGUCCAAAAAUUGAAGAAAGUCUUCACUCAACUAUAGCUAUUUUAAAUCCUAAUAGAUACUUUUUCAACUAAUUCUUGAGGUUUGGAUCUAUACUAGAAAAGGGUUUGAUAGGUAUGCCUCAAUCCAGAGUGACUGAGCUUUCAGUCACUAAGAAUUCCAUGGAUUUCAUAAUUAAUAAUUUCCUUAGAAGUAACUUUGUGUUUGAGUAAGAUGAUCCAUUUAAAUUUGAGCGUAUGUGCACGAAAAUAGUUAAUCUAUAAGUACGCCAGUAUAUUCUGAGAGAAAUAUACUUAUGCAGAAAGAUGAAUAUUCUUCCUUUUGAAAUUAUUCCAGGGAAUAAAGAUCCUCUCAAAUAAAUUUCAAAGCUAAUCAAAGAUAAAAUUAAAAUCUCUCUGGAAAAGAAUGGUUUACAGUCAAGCUUAAAUGUGAAACAGCAGAUUGAUAAAAAAAAUGCUAGUUCGAGUGAUGAAUAGGAUCAGUAGCCACCUCCAGAAGAAAAUAUAAUACUUGAUAUUUGCCUUAACUCUUUCUAGGUAUAAACUCUUAUGUAUCAGGAAGCAAUUUAAUUCUACUAUGAAGAAAAUCUUGUAAUGUCGAAAUGGAUAAAUAAGGCUAGAAAAAAGGAGUCAAAUACUUAGUCUAAAUCUAUGAUUGUUUAUGAUCCUCUUUAAAUAAAUAAAGCUUUUUCAACAGGAAGUUUAUAAGUUCUUGAUAUAUUAUCUAUUUUAUCUAAUUUUACAACUAAAGUUUAUUUUGAUUCAACUGAAAUAAAAACACUAAAUAAAAAUGAAGCCUUAGUCAUAUCUAAAGAAGAUUUAUAGAAACAUUUGCAUGGAAUAAAUUUAGAUUUAAUUGAUCUAGUUGAAGAAAAAUAUAGUAAAUCAAUUCAUAACAUGGAGUAGAAAUGCGACAUUUUGGAGAAGGAUGUGUAAUUCUAAAAGAAAUGGAAUAAGCUUCUUUAAAAGAAAAUAGAAUUUUUAGAAAAAAACAUGCAAAAUAUUGUGGAAUCAUAAGUAGCAUCUCGAAGCAAUGAUCUUAUUUACGAAAUAUAACACUUAUAGAAAAAGGCUAAUUACACAGCUGAUCAAAGAUAAAUUGAUAAAGUUAGAAUUUUUAAAGAAAUUUAAAAAAAUUUCUUAGAUCAGCUUCGUGAAAAUGAACAAGUAAACGAAAAUAUUCUUAGCAGAUUCUAUGAUUUUCGCUAAGGAUAAAAAUUAGAAGUCUUCAAUAUGGUUGAAGGAAUCAAAGAAAACAAUUAUAAGAUGCUAAAAGAAGCGAUUAAUAAAGCCCUAGAAGACCAUGGAGGUUCGAAUUAAGCUUUGCAUGCAAUAGAUGCUAUUUGGAAUUCUACUUGGGAUGAAAGAAGAGAAGAAGAGCACAAAAAGAAACAAAAUGCUCAUUAGUAGUAGGUUUAAUUAUAGCAGCAAUUUUUACAGUAAUAGCAAUAAAUAGUUACUUCUUAAAGAAUGAUGAGGACUAAUCAUACUGAAGAGAGCGUAGGACAUCAUGAGGAGGAGAUUUUAAAUUUGUAAAGUAAUGUUAAUAUGAUAAACUAGCACCCUAAUUCUUAGUAAAAUGUGCAGACCUUAACAUAGCAAAAUAUCAAUUUAUAAAUGAGUGCAUUGCAAAAUUAGAUGUUCGAAUUCAAUCCUAUUGAUACCUUACCUGUUGAUGUUUAUGAAAGAAUUGAGUUUUAAAAUAAAGAGGUCUAUAAGUUACUUAGCAGUUUCAAAUUGAUAAGAGCGUUUUAUAAUAUGAAAUUGGCAUGUAUGAUGGAAAAGUAUGAGCGAAGAAUACAAUAAAUAAAUGAAAAUAAUUCUUCUAAUGAAUAGUUAUAUAGAGACAAAAAAGAAAUGUAAGCUCAAACAGAGAACAUGAAGGAAUAAGUUCUCUCUUUAAAGAAAACAAUGGCAAUUAUGGAAUAUCAAAAUGAGAUAUUGAGAAGAGAUGUCCAACGCUCUCGUAAAGAGAGACUUAAAUCUAUGAAAGUUAUGAAAUAAAAAGAUGAUAGAAUACGAGCUUUAGAGGAAAAGGUAGAACAAAAUUUGAAAGAGAGGAUUGCUACUUAUAACAACAUACAUUCUUAGACUCAUAUUUCCCGGAACUUUUCAGUUUAAUCAAUGCGUAAAAAGCAUAAUAAGACACUUGGUAAUAGUUUGCAAAACGGAGGCACAUUAAAUUAAAUUGAUUCUAGUCUAGUAAUUUAAUAAUAGAACGGAAAUAUAUUACCUUAGAGCACAAUUAAAUCGUAAUAGUAUAAUCUUUAAAACCUCAAUACAGUUUAAACCAAUAAUUUAAUUACUCAAUCCUCAUAAGUGUAAAACUAAAGAGUCAUCUCAUCAGCUCAUCCAGUCCUUGCUAACUCAUAGCUUUCCUAAUCUUCGUAUAUAUAGCCUAAUUUAUAAAGUAAAAGACCAACAACAGCUUUGAUCACAUCAAAAUCAACUUAAUUACUUUUUAUGAAAUCUUCUGGAGUAUAAAAAAGCGAAAAUCCCACUUAAAGAGUUCCUUCUCCACCUGUUGUAAUUUAAAAUAAUUACCAAAGUUAGCCUUCUCAACCUUAGGCUUCAUAUUAAUAACCUAAGAAAAAGCAUUUACAUUUAUCUGGAUUGCUAACGAGACCAGUUUCUAAUUAAACAACUCCAGCUAAUAAUAAUAAACAAAUUAGCAAUCCAAAAACCUUAUCUAUGACAUACAAAAUUAAAAACACAAUAAAUUCUAAUUAAUAACCACCACAAAAUUGA